UAUCUGUGGUGGGCUGCAGAAAAAGGGGUCCUCUCACCCUUCCAAAGAGGAGAGGGCCUAACCUCGGCGAAUCAUUGGUGGGGGACAGCGUCAUCUUCUGGUCAAGUUAAUGUACUACUUUUUUUUUUUUAAAGAAAUGUAUUCCUGUAUUUUCUAUUCCAAAUUCUUGUUUAUUUCUUGCCUUUGUUUACCAAUUGCCCAUUACACAUGUGAUUUAUAUUAAUUUUACUGGCAUCAAGUUAUGCUGUAUAUGGACUACAAAGAAUUUUAAACCCUGUCUCAAAUGAUUUGUCUUUCUCGGCAAGGCUGCAUUUGUCUUAUAUCUAAAAGAAAGGAUUUAAAAUAUCACUAUAAUAGCUCAUUGCACAGUUUGCUGCCUCGCAGGAGGCUUUUUCCUGUUUUGAUGGGUACAGGUCAGGCCAUGUGUGUUACCAUUUUGUUUGCAGACCUUAUAGUGUCUUUGUUUGUUGAGCCAUUCAUCACUAGUCAAGUGACACCAAAGCCCAGCUGGCACACGGAGACAAUAAUGUAACAUCCGUACGAGUGCCCACGUUUGAAAGGUCACACUGUGGAAUCUCAUGGCAAUUCCAUUUCCAGUUCCUUUCUCAUCGUUGCUUUGUUUUAUUACAAUUUUCUGUCAAAUUGGUAUCAAGUAAGAAGUCGUAUUUGAAGACUCAUUUCCGUUGCUGUUUUGAAGAUAGAGUUGACAGUCGGGUGGUGAAUUUCUGAAUGAAAAUGAAGAAGUUGUGGCUUUUGUUCUUCGCCAGCCCACUUGCUCAGGCUGCAUGAGAGUCAAUUGUGUGAGUAGGAAGUGGGAGGCUGCAUUGUAUACACUGGACAUUUGUUGCUCUGCAUCUUGAAUGCGACAAUGGAGCAAAACUCAUGCACGGAAGAUCGUCUGCAGCAUGUCCUUGAACGUUGCCUCUGUGACCUUGAAUUCAACACCUUUGACAAGCAACUCUGGAACGCUGGGCUGUGCAUGAAUCGCUGGUGUUUGGAGGAACUGGCAAUGAGAGAUCCCCUCAACUUCCCCUUUCUUCUGCAGACAAUUGUCAAGAAAACAAAGGAGGUACUUGUACAAUGUAAGUACGAACUGGUGGUGCCUCUUACGCUCCUAUUUUCAUCAACGCUUUUAAAAACUCCUUACCUGCACCCAGAUUGUGAUGUAUUGUGGGAAGCUUACCUUCUCUUUCACAAUUUCCUAUCCUGGCCAGAUCCUUACUGCACGGCCUGUCAACACUUGCUGAAUGUAAUAUAUAACGAGCUCAGAGCACCCGGCAUAUCAUUUCAAAGAUUGGUGAAAACAGAGCAUGGCAUUUCCACCGAGAACCGACACUCAAAAACGAUGAUCGUGCUUUUAGUGAGUCCAGAUGAGGAUAUCCCCCCUGAGGUCCAAUCGGUCUCCAAGCAACUGAGUGUAAGCCAUCAGUCCAAACGAGACAUCACCAUCACCCUCAUUCUGCACAGCUUCCAGGCUGCUCUCGGUACCAAAGUCCACCUGCAGGGACUCCGUGAUGCUUUGCAGAAAAAACAGACUGUUGAGCUGGAGCAGCUACUGGACACUGUAAGUUGCUGUAUGGACACAGCAGCCUCCACAGCAGACCUCAGCACUGCCAGGGAAAAUCUUGUAGAGACUCUCGAUCGGCUCAGACAAAACCUUAUCCCCGGAGCUGGAGAUGAUUACUUGGAUACUGGGUUUGCUGAGACGUUCACGCUGCCUUUUCCUAAAUGUUACACCAGCUACUGGGAAAACGACAACUUUGAUUUUCUCAAUAAUAUUCUCAUGAGAGAAUGUUGCCAGGAUUCUCCUCUGGUGUGUCUUGAUGAUGAGGAUGAUUGUAAUGAUGUUGAUAUGAAAGAAGAAGACAUCCUGAAAGCUCAUCAUAGCUUGGAGAACCAACCAUCGUCCUCUUUGAGUGACUCCUUCGCCUCUAACUGCUCUGUGUCCACAAACUCAGCGUUUGUGGAAAGUGACUUCAGUGAUGUCAUACGACAUGAGGACACAACUGAGGGACAAAAAAGUCCAUCAAAGUGUAUGAAGAAGCCCAAGAAGAAAUCCAAAAGCCUCUUAGGGAUGGAGCACUUCUCCUUGUUUUUCAAGAACCCACGUAAUCUUGGGUCACACCUCAAGCAAUCUCGAUGUAACCAGGAUCAACUUCUCCAUACAUUUUCUGUGUCCUGCCCUCUAAGCGGCGAAGAUCCUCUCUCCCCGCAAAAACAUCUCUGUAUCCUUAGGAGGCCAAUCCUGAGUAGCAACGAAACCGACACGGCACAGGCGGUUACUCUAGUGCGAGUACUCGUAUUCGGUCGGGACAGAGAAGCCGGACGACUGGCGAGGGCUUACAGCGACCUCCAGCAAAAAGAAGCCAAAUGUCCCCGACUCACCACAAUGUGCAAAUUGCAAUUUUACUUUGUUCCCUCAAAAAGGACAUUUACGAGAAAACACAGAGAAAGUAAAGUUCCCUCUGUGACUAAUGGUAUUUCCCAAGAUGGCAGCACCACAGAUUUAGCCCAGUUGUUGGGAAUGAUGGAUCCCUGGUAUGAUCGAAGCGUCCACAGUCUGCUCAGUCUCUCCUCGGAAGUCCUUUGUCAGCCUGCUUGGAAGGAAGAAGGUGUCCUGGAGAACAAUGGCGGUGAGGAGCAUCUUCCCUUGAUGGCUGAUUUGGUUCUUUACUACUGUAGACAUGCGGACCAACCUGUCCUGGUGCAGCUCUACCAGGCUGAGAUGACCCUGGCCGGCGGAGAGGAGAGAAGUGAAGUAUUUAUUCAUUCUGUUGAGCUUGGACAUAUGGCUGCAACCAGAGCAGUGAAGACCAUGGGUGCUGCCAGUAAGAGGUUUGGAAUUGAUGAAGAGAGCGAGGCUGUCCCUUUAACACUCAGUGUUGCCUAUAAUAAGGUGGCCUGCAGUGGAAGGGGUCAAUGGAUCCAAGCAGAAAUGCUUUGCACAUCUAUAAAUAUUCAAAAAGCCUCCAGCAAACCUGAACAUUUCGAGUCUAGAAGUGAAAGCUUGUUGCUCUCCGUGACGGAAGUCACAAAGAAAAACUGUCCCAAGUCUAAAAAGAACAACAGCCAGCAUUCCUCUAAAUCCGAGGUGAACGUCAACAGAAUUGAGGUCACUUGCAAGAAAGGUGGGACAACCUUUGCUGUGUGUCUAGAUCAAGACGAGAGGAAGUUCUUGCAAAGUGUCAGCAGGCUUGAAGUGUCUUUGUGCUGUAAACCGGGAAGCAGUUCAGACUGGAAGUACAAACCCUCACCAGGCCAGGUCCAGCCUCUGCAUCCAUCUUACUGCUCCAUGCUUUGCCUUCCCUUCAUCUCUUUCUCUGCCUCGCAUGCCUGAAAACACCUCGGAUUGUCCGUGAAAUUAACUAACAAUAAACUUGUUUUUCAAUUAAA